CAUCCUCCCUCCCUCCUUCCUCCACCCCAGGAUGAUGAGGAACCACGAGGAGAAGCGGCGUAGCUGUGGCUCCCUGCAGCAGCAGCAGCAGCAGGAGGAGGAGGGACUCUGCGGACUGCAGCAGAAGCAGGAGAACUGCGGCGAUGAUGAGGAGGGCGGGGGAGAGGUGCGGGGGAAGGGGCAGCGCGAGGGGGGCUGGAGGAGCUGGCUCGUGGUGGUAGCGGCCACGUGGUGCAACGGCUCCAUCUUUGGCAUCCAGAACUCGUUUGGGGUGCUCUACGUGGCCAUGCUGGAGAGGUUUGGGGACAGCGACGACACCAGCCUGCGCUUCAAGACCGCGUGGGUGGGUUCACUCUCCAUGGGAGUCAUCUUCCUGCUGUCUCCUAUCGUCUCCGUGUGCUCCGACCGCUUCGGCUGCUGCCGCACGGCCGUGGUUGGCUCCACGGUCGCCUUCAUCGGCAUCCUGAGCUCCUCGUUCGCCAGAUCGCUGGCUGAGCUGUACGUGACGUACGGCCUGCUGUUUGCCAGCGGCUGCUCCCUGGCCUACCAGCCGUCCCUGGUCAUCCUGGGCCGCCACUUCACGGCCCGCCUGGGCCUCGUCAACGGCUUCGUCACGGCCGGCAGCAGCCUUUUCACCAUCGUCAUGCCGCUCGUCAUCAAGCACAGCGUCACCUCCAUCGGGCUAGCGCACACCCUGCAGUUCAUGAGUCUCUUCAUGAUUGGACUCAUCAUGGCGAGCUGCACCUACCUCCCUCCAGCCUGGCACGGCCCCGCGAAGACCCCCCACGCGCUGCCCACGCCCACCAGCGUCAAGGGCAGGGUCGUGCACACGGCUCGCGUGCUGUGGGAGUUGUCCCGGGGCGACGCCGCCGUGUCUCCCGGCGUCCCCGCCGACGCCGCUUCCCCGGGGGGGCGGGGGGAGACUCCCCCCCCUCCCCCGGGGGGGUCCCCCUCCACGUGGUCACGCCGCCUCUCCCGGUGCCUGCGAGUCUUCGACUGGAGCCUGUGGCGUCUCCCCUCCUACCGCACCUGGGCCCUCGGCGUGCCGCUCGCUCUCUUCGGAUACUUCGUUCCCUACGUGCACCUGAUGAAGCACGUGGAGGAGAGAUUUCCCGACGAGCAGGGGGAGGUCCUCCUCAUCUGCAUCGGGGUGACGUCCGGAGUGGGGCGCCUGGUGUCCGGUCGCGUGGUCGAUCUCAUUCCCGGGGUGAACAAAGUCUUCCUGCAGGUGAUAUCGUUUGUGUUGAUGGGGUUGUUCUCCAUGCUGCUCCCCCUGUGCCCCGCGUGGGCUGCCCUCAUCGCACUCUGCCUCGCCAUGGGUCUCGUGGAUGGCUGCUUCAUCUGCGUCAUGGCCCCCGUCGCCUUCGAGCUGGUGGGGCCGGCCAGCGCCUCGCAGGCCAUCGGCGGCCUCCUGGGCCUGAUGGCCGUGCCCAUGACGGCAGGGCCCCCCAUCGCCGGCAUCCUGCGAGACCGCUUGGGCUCGUACGACAUCGCCUUCUACCUGGCCGGCGUGCCACCGCUCCUGGGCGCCAUGGUGCUGAGCACCGUGCCGUGGUUUCACCGCCGCCGCCUCGGCCGGCAAGGGCGACGGCCGUCGGGGGACUCGGCCGGCGAGGGAGACGCGGGGACCGGCGGGGCGGCGGUCGUCGCACUCCUGCGUCGUCCUCCCGCGGGGCGCGCCGACGACGCAGGAGACGCGGAGCUUGAUCACAACGAGAACCCGGAGCCCCUUCCCGACGAGAGGGCGGCGGGCGGUGCACGCGGGGAGACUCUGCGAUUGGUGGGGAGCCGGGAGCCGGAUCGGGAUCCCGAUCCGGAUUGUAAAGGGAAAACCUCUCCGGGUCUUGGCGAUGAGGAGGAGGAGGAGGAGGAUAAAGAUCCGGCGGGGGAUCGGAGCCCGGAGCCGCGGAGAGAGCCGGGAGAGAGCCCGGAACCGGAUGUCGUGGGAGACACGGAAGCCGGUGAAAACCCGGCGUCGGAUCGCGAAGGGAGCCCGGAGGCGCUUCGACGAGGGGAGAGCCGGGAACCGGACGUCGGGAGAGACUCUCAAACGGAUCAAAACCCGGCGCCGGAUCAGAGUCCGGAGCCAGUUCGUGAAGAGAGCCAGGAACCGGACUUCAAGGGAGACCCGCAGCACGGUCAAAACCCGGCACAGGAUCAUAAAGGGAACCCGGCACCUGAUCGGGAGCCAGCACCGGAUCGUGAGGAAAACCAGGGACGGGGAUCCAGUGAAACCCAGGUGCCGGAUGGGAAUCCAGGAGUGGCCGAAAACCCGGAACCGGAGCGCGAGGGAAACGGGCGACUGAUCGAAAGCCCGGCAUUGGAUCGCGAAGGGAAUUCGGAACCAUUUCCCGGAAACCAGGAGCCGGAUAAAAUCCCAGAACCAGAUCUCAAAGAGAACGCGGCCCUGGAUGUGAAUCGACCCGGGCCGGACCUCGAGAGCAGCCCAGAUCCGAAGACGCCGGAUCGCUCGCUCGGGAUUUAAACACAGCCGUGAAUUCCAGAGUUCUCGGAGCCAGUCAAUUAAACUAAACUUACAAAUAUACAACUAUCUAUUUUUUUUUAUUUUACCAGGGCGUAAGGCCCCACUGAGCUCGUAUGUAGCUCUGUUUUCAGAAGCGGCCUGCCCAUCACAAACGAUAGCAGCUCAACCACGUGAUGGAUCAUCAUCAUCAUCAUCACGUGCACAUUCAUAGCAACAGCCACAUACUCUAAACGCGUGAUGAACAUUUCUUCUAAAUGUGAAGGCGGGAAAAAAACCGCGGGACCUUGACAAAAAAAUCCACGUGUACCACCAGGGGGCGAGAGAGACACAGACUCCAAAUACGCAGAAGGCGUCAGGGUCCGGGAUUGAACGCGCAACCUCCUGUAUACCGGGCGAGGGCGUUAACAUUUCCGAGCCACCGUGACUUCAGGUUUACAAUUCAGUGUCGGAGUAAAAGUAACAAACAAAAAAAUCAAAACGUGGAACUUGAGGACGUGAAGCGGCAGCCACUUAUUCGUGACGUUGAGUCUAAAUGUGAAAAACCGGAUCGCAACGGAGAAGAAUCCUCGCGACCACGGAGGGAGAGAGAGACACCGCAAACUCCAAAUAUACAGCAGCAGGCGUCAGGGUCCGGGAUCGAACCCACGACCUGCUGUGUCACCGGGUGAGGUAGUCAACAUCUCCUAGCCACCGUGGCAUCAAGUUUACAAGUUACCCCUGGAAUCUCCUGGGUCUCUGCAAGGGUCAAGCAGAAUGCCUGGUCCACUAUCAGCGUCCGGCCACUGCCUUGGAUCUGGAAUCCAAGGCAGCUGUUGUGUGGUAUUGUAUUGUAAUGAUAGUUGUGCUUGUAUGGGUAAUUGUGGUAUGUGUUCUAUUGUUGUGGCAUUUGUAUUGUUGUGUGGUGUUUCAUUGUUGUGUGGUAUUGCAUUGCUCUAUUUGUAUUGUGGUAUUGUUUUGUGGCGUUGCAUUGGUGUGUGGUGUUGCAUUGUUGUGGUAUUGCAUUGUAUUGUAUUGUGUUAUUGCAUUGUUGUGUGGC